AAUACAUUUGUAAGAAUAAAAAUCAAUCUGACUAAUUUCUGCUAUAUCUCUUAAUACACGUUUGCAAACAUGUUUGUAAGCUGUUCGUCCUAAGGACAUUUUUUUAUUAUAGUCGCAUGGGAUUGGUAGUAUUAUUGUAUUUUAUUAUUAUCAAAUUUUAAAUAUUGGCAAAUUGUAAUACAACUCUGCACAAAUUAGAGCUUUCGAGAACGUCAUAACAUCAGAUGGAAAGUUAAUACAAAAUAAAGAAAAAUGAUUGUAUUAUUAUUGUAAAAAUGAAAGAUUGCGGGGGAUAGAGGUAUUUAUGAAGAUCAAUUCAUCGAUUCUCUCUAUCUCUCGAAGUGGUUCAGCCAAUUUAGUGUAGACAUUGAUGAAGACCAAUUCAUCCAUUCUCUGUAUCUCUCUCCUUUAAAGAAGCAUUUUCUUCUUCCCAGUCACAAAAAAAAGGAUAAUUGUCAUUGGAUUAAAGAUGGUUGUAAAGCUAUUUGGAUGUAGCUAUGCCUCCUGCAGCAGAAGGGUUCUCGCAUGCUUGAUAGAGAAAGAUAUUGAGUUCGAAACUUUGUCUGUUGAUAUAAAUAAAGGGGAGCAGAAAAAACCAGAGUUCCUGGCCUUACAACCUUUUGGAAAAGUUCCGGUUGUCCAGGAUGGAAGUCUCAUGCUGUUUGACUCAAGGGCUAUCAUAAGGUACUAUGCUGAAAAAUUUGGAGGAGAGGGAACUUGUCUGCUGGGAAAGACUUUGGAGGAGAGAGCAUUUAUAGAUGUCAUGGUAAUUGCAUUUGCCUGGUCUUCAACCUCAGCUAUUACAGGUUGUGAGGCAUCUUGGUUGUCAGUCAUAGGACUAAGUUCAGGUGCAAGAGUCGCCUUCUUCAACAUAUAUUCAUGAAUCUAUAAUGAAUGAAAAUAGUUUAAGCCAUUAAACUAGAGAAUUGGAAGGUGUGUUACAAUAUAUGCAAAAUCAUAAACAUGAAUUCCCCAAAAAUGUUACUAAGUCCAAACGUAAAAUUCAAAAACUGCAUUAAAACAAACCUCAUUAGUUUCUGUCAGUCUGAGUUCCCAAACUUUGAUGGAUGAAUCCGGGACUUAAUGGCAAGAGCACUCCUUUCUUCCUUACUGUAAUCAAGUGACCCAAUAGCUCCCUUAUGUUUUCUUGGCAAGAAUGCAAUAAUAGCCACCAAUGUAGAUCAAACUGCGAGAAUUUUAUUACAUUAUGAGCAGAUGCAUAGCAAAACAUUAAACAUGACAUAACACUUCA